GAAAGCAAAAGUUCAAUUUGGUUGAAUUGAAAAAUAUUUUCUGCAGACGCCCUUCACGUAGCCAUACCAUCAUCACAGUAGUGAACCUUUGGGAGAUCUCAAAAGUAAGUUUGAUGAUGGCGUCUUUGUCUUCCUCCUUCACCUCCCGAUCCUAUCGUUCUUCUUCAGCUCCUUUCUCACCGAUUAACGGUAACAGACAUCGAUCACUAUCGUUCCUGUCUGCUUCUCCUCGAGGAUGGAAUACUCAUGAGCUCUGUGUUAGAUUUAAGAGGAAGUCUUGUCGUGGUUCUGUCUUUAUGCAAGAUGGUGCAAUAGUCACCAAUUCAAAUCCAGCAGAGAGUGAAUCUGCUUCCCUUAAGGGAUUGAAAGACGAGGUGUUAUCAGUUCUAUCUCAAGAAGCAGCCAAGGUUGGAACAGAAUCUGAUGGUCAAAAUCAGUCAACGGUUAGUAUCACGGUGGUUGGAGCCUCUGGUGAUCUUGCCAAGAAGAAGAUUUUCCCGGCCCUUUUCGCCCUUUACUAUGAAGGCUGUCUUCCCGAGCAUUUUACGAUAUACGGUUAUUCUAGGAGUAAGAUGACAGAUGUUGAACUUAGAAACAUGGUCAGCAAAACCCUGACCUGCAGAAUUGAUAAGAGGGAGCACUGUGGUGAGAAGAUGGACGAAUUUCUCAAGAGAUGUUUUUACCAUUCUGGUCAGUAUGAUUCUCAGGAACAUUUUACUGAACUGGACAAGAAGCUCAAGGAACAUGAGGCUGGAAGAAUCUCAAACCGCCUCUUUUAUUUGUCUAUCCCUCCAAAUAUAUUUGUCGAUGCAGUGAAAUGUGCAAGCUCUUCAGCUUCAUCUGUCAAUGGCUGGACUAGGGUCAUUGUAGAGAAACCUUUUGGUCGAGAUUCUGAAACCUCGGCUGCUUUAACGAAAUCCCUCAAGCAGUAUCUGGAGGAAGACCAGAUUUUUAGGAUAGACCAUUACCUAGGAAAGGAGCUAGUCGAGAACUUAUCUGUUCUUCGAUUCUCAAACCUUAUAUUUGAACCACUUUGGUCAAGGCAGUACAUAAGGAACGUGCAAUUCAUAUUUUCUGAGGAUUUCGGCACUGAAGGACGUGGAGGGUACUUUGACCACUACGGAAUAAUAAGAGAUAUAAUGCAAAAUCAUCUGCUUCAAAUCUUAGCACUAUUUGCCAUGGAAACACCUGUUAGUUUGGAUGCAGAGGAUAUUAGAAAUGAAAAGGUCAAGGUUCUACGUUCAAUGAAGCCAAUCCAACUUGAAGAUGUGGUAAUAGGACAGUACAAGAGCCACACAAAAGGAGGAGUCACAUAUCCAGGCUACACAGAUGAUAAAACUGUACCAAAAGAUAGUCUGACUCCGACAUUUGCAGCUGCUGCUCUAUUCAUCAACAAUGCAAGAUGGGACGGCGUGCCUUUUCUAAUGAAAGCUGGCAAAGCACUACACACCAGGAGGGCAGAGAUAAGGGUGCAGUUCAGGCAUGUUCCGGGGAAUUUGUAUAACCGGAAUACUGGUUGUGAUCUUGAUCGAGCUACAAAUGAGCUUGUGAUCCGUGUGCAACCUGAUGAAGCCAUAUAUUUGAAAAUAAACAACAAGGUCCCUGGUUUAGGAAUGAGAUUAGAUCGCAGUAACUUGAAUCUUCUAUAUUCCGCAAGGUAUUCAAAGGAGAUACCAGAUGCAUAUGAGAGGCUUCUGCUGGAUGCAAUAGAAGGAGAAAGAAGGUUGUUCAUAAGAAGUGACGAGCUUGAUGCAGCUUGGUCACUAUUCACUCCAUUGCUUAAAGAGAUUGAAGAGAAGAAGAGAAUCCCUGAGUACUAUCCUUAUGGGAGUCGUGGUCCAGUCGGUGCUCAUUAUUUAGCUGCUAAGCACAAGGUCCAAUGGGGUGACGUCAGCCUUGACCAGUAAAAACCACUUUUUUGGAAAUGAUUUGAGUCAAUCAAAGAUAUGUUUGUGUUGUCAUACACGUUGAUAUAUAGAUUUAUGUAGGAAUCAAGCUUUUUCUACGUCUCUUUUGUUACUGGUUUGCCUUGGAAGAAUUGGGGCAUUUGGUUCUGUACCAUUAAUAAAUAAAUAAAAAAAACAAAAGGGUUUCUCUUUUCAUC